AUGGCAACCCCCCUCAGGCUGUUGCUUGUGGCUAUGCUCCUUCUGGGGGCAGUCCUGCAGCAGGUGCAUGCAGCGCGAGCCACCAACGUGGGCCGGGAGUGCUGUUUGAAGUAUUUCAGGGGCUCCAUCCCACUGAGGAAGCUGGUGUCGUGGUAUAAGACCUCAACUGAGUGUCCCAAGGAAGCCAUCGUGUUUGUGACGGCCCAGAACAGGUCAGUCUGCUCAGACCCCAACAACGGGCACGUAAAGAAGGCCGUCCAAUAUCUGCUCAACCUAGCACGCAACUCCUGA